AUGAGGACGAGGAUUUGCAGGUUCAGGAACAGGAGGGGCCCUCAUAUUCCCGCUCGUCAAGUUCAACUUGAUCGGAACUCUGCGCCUGAAUUUGUACUUCCUCUUCCUCCUGGUGAUGUACCGCCAGGGCACGAGCCUUCCCAGGAACUAGUUUACCCGCCUGCUUGGGAUGCCCAACAACCAGGACCUUCCAAUGGGGCAUCCCAACCCAUCACUCCCGCACGACAGCCUUUCUACAGUUUAAAUACACCACCUCGCCAAACCAAUGUUCCCCUCUAUCUGCAGCAAAGUCCGUCACUUGCUAAGAACCUCGAGCCUGUCACUCGAUUCCUUGUCGAAAAAGCAGGGCGGCCUCUUAACGAAUUCGAGGCAGCUGGCAUAGUGGACUACAUUCAAAAGAACGUACAAGCAGACAAGCCGGAACCCUUCCGAUUCUCGACAUCUCCGUCGCGUGGAUCCCCUCCUAACCUUGGGCUCGGGACAUCAAAUAGUGUAUCAAGUGAUACACACGCUCCGAAAAAGAUACUUUCACGCAAUCCCAAUGGCGUAUUACGCUGGCAGGGUGCGGGUAGCGCAUGCCCACGAAACCGUUAUCGAUCGCCUGGGUUUGGAUCUCGGCCUCAAGGCCCUCGUAUCGAGCUAUCUCCCAUACGGACACCUUCUGCAACUGAUGCAAAACGUCGCCGUGUGGGCAAUGAAGCCGAGUCUUCGACUGCACAGAAAUCUGCGCCCCCAUCGUCGAUGUCUAGCAUCGGUUUUCCGACCUCAAACACUACUUCUCCAACCCGUUCUACACCUGCAAUCAAUGAGAAAACUCUAGUUCCACCAGUGUAUGCACCGACAUUGGCUCCGGCAGCUGUUGUUACGCCAAAGGUGAACGGAGCAGCUACGCCUCGUUUACGCACUGCGGGUCUUUCUGUAAAACCCACGACCCCGGUUGUACCCUCACCUUUACGACAAACGUGGAAGCAGAAUGAUUCACCGCCACAACCUCCAGCACGACCCACGCGUGCUGCAAACUAUAUGACGGGGCUCAUUAAGGAAGUCACCCCCCUCAAGAAACCUGACGAGCCUCCCACGAGACGCUUGCGCCCGCCAGCAGAGAAAAAAGAGAAACAGCAGAAGGAGCCAGAAGUCACCGCGCAGGCGAUUAUUGAAGCCAUAGUGCCGAAGGGAAGUAAGCGCGCAAGGCCUCCGCCAGAUAUGGAGAGGCCAGAGAAACCGACUCGCGAAGCUCAGGACACAUAUAUCCCGAAGACCAAUGGUCAUAGCGCAAAGCCAAUGGUUACUGCCGGAGAAGUCUCAGACCAGGACGAAAGUCCUACAAAGAAGCAAAAGACCGCGAAACCUACUCCCGUCGUGCUUUCCGUGGAAGAGGCGGAGGGUGUUGAGAUGGUUCAGCACAAAUCUUCAGUCUUUACGCGGCCUGCCGAGAUUGUCGUCGAAGAUACCCCUUCGUCACUCACUACGCCGAGCCCUACACCGUUCUCGCAUACUCCAUCUCUGGCCUUGCCGAUGAAGACUGCAUUUGGAGCCAAACCAAUGUCUGAGGUGCCCGCUACCGAAUUCAUUCACCGCCAAGAGAUAACGAAUUGA